GAUGUAGCUUUCUUUUUUAUCUUAUUUUUUUUUUUUUUAAAAAGAAAUAAAAAAGAAAGGGAAAGGCAGAGAAGGAAAUUAGAAGAGGGAGUGGAGGUUGUUUAUGGAAUCUGGAAAGAGGCGUAAUAAUGGUGGGGAGGGGAAGAGCAGAGCAUUCAAUGCAGACAUGUUUGCUUAGACCCUCGUAGUAAAUGUGGAAUUUAUGGCUUCCAACCCUCUACUUUUAUGGUGGAAGUAAUCCCAUUUGUUGAUGAGAGAGAGAGAGAGAGAGAGAGAGAGAGAGUUGUUUGGCUGCAGUGGACUAGGUGGGAGUGCUGAUAAUUAUACUACAAGAAGGGUCGUUGGGCCUGCUGCUGCUGCUUCAGUUUUCUGGGAUUUAUUUUCAUCUCGUUGGGAGUUUUGAUUUGCUGUUGGAUUUUCUCAUCUGGGACUUUCUGUUGUCGAAAUUUUGAAUUUGUAUUGGGCUUCUUCCUUCUACAUUCUUGCUCAUCUCUAGGGUUCACAUAGUGGGGAUGUUUUCCCCUUCUCACGAACUGGGGGUUUCGUUCUGAAGCAUUCAGGGGGGUUGGAAUAGUUCGUUUCUUGUUCCUAUUAUUUUAAGGCGGGGUUUUACUUUUACUGGGCAAUUGGGUAUUAUCCAGGGUUUCGUUGACCACAAUCAGGGCUUUGAAUGGGGUUGGGUUUCUGGAUCUUAUGGUGGGCGUUAGCAUUUGAAUUGAAAUUCUCAAUUAUGGGCCCUUGAAGGAGAUGCUAAAGUUCGGGUUUCUCUGAUCGCAUUAGAGGUAUUAAAGUAAAGGCUCCUCCUCAGUGCAAAAGUUUGGAAUGCCUCUCAAUUUCUACGGUUAGAGAUUUUGAUUUUGUAAAGCAGACAUUCGAUUUGUGGGGAACUCUGUUACACUUUUGCUUUCUGUUUAGACCUCCUAGGGUUUUUGAAAUUGAAUCUGCUUUAUUUCGGGUCGUCAGAUGAGAUGAAGUAUGGGGUUCUGGGUUGAACUUGGUUUUGCUUUCUGGGUUUCUUUCAGAUUGAUUGCGUAGGGAGAAAAAAAGAGAAGCAUUCAUGCAUCUCUCACUAUGGAAGCCUAUUACACAGUGUGCUGCCUUAAUCAUUGAGAAGAAGAGUAAGAAGAAAGAUGGUUCUGGUUUAACUGAAGACGGCAAGCAAAAGCCCUCAAUCCUCCGGCAAUUGCAGGAGAACAAGCUCAGGGAGGCUCUUGAAGAAGCAUCUGAAGAUGGGUCUCUUGCAAAAUCUCAAGACAUUGAUUCUGAAUCCGCAAAUCAAGAGGGAAGCUUGGGAAGGUCGAGAUCUCUGGCUAGGCUCCAUGCCCAGAAGGAAUUCUUGCGUGCCACUGCUCUUGCUGCAGACAGAACCUUCUGUUCGGAGGACUCCAUUCCUGAUCUUCACGAUGCAUUCUCCAAGUUCCUGACCAUGUACCCAAAGUUCCAGUCUUCUGAGAAGAUUGAUCAAUUGAGAUCAGACGAGUAUGAGCACCUCUCAGAAAUGUUUGCAAAGGUAUGCCUUGAUUACUGUGGUUUUGGGCUAUUUUCUUACCUUCAAACUCAGCAGUACUGGGAAUCGUCAGCAUUUAGCUUGUCAGAGAUAACUGCAAAUUUGAGCAACCAUGCCCUCUACGGAGGUGCUGAGAAAGGUACCGUAGAACAUGAUAUCAAGACUAGGAUUAUGGAUUACUUGAACAUUCCUGAAAAUGAGUAUGGGCUUGUCUUUACUGUUAGUAGAGGAUCUGCUUUUAAAUUGCUAGCAGAGUCUUAUCCUUUUGAAACGAAUAAAAGGUUGUUGACCAUGUUUGAUCAUGAGAGUCAGUCUGUAAAUUGGAUGGCUCAGGGUGCCAAAGACAAAGGUGCUAAGGUUUACAAUGCCUGGUUUAAAUGGCCAACUCUGAAACUCUGCUCCAGGGAGCUGAGAAAGCAAAUUUCACACAAGAAAAGGAGAAAGAAAGAUUCUGCAGUUGGGCUUUUUGUGUUUCCUGUUCAAUCCAGGGUUUCUGGGGCCAAGUAUUCUUAUCAGUGGAUGGCUCUAGCUCAGCAAAACAAUUGGCAUGUUUUGCUUGAUGCUGGGUCACUGGGCCCCAAGGACAUGGACUCCCUUGGGUUGUCCUUAUUCCGGCCAGAUUUCAUUAUUACAUCAUUUUACAGAGUAUUUGGGUCUGAUCCAACAGGAUUUGGAUGCCUAUUGAUCAAGAAAUCUGUGAUGGGGAGCCUGCAAAGCCAGGGUGGGCGGACUGGUUCUGGAAUGGUGAGGAUCCUUCCUGUUUUCCCCCAGUACUUGAGUGAUUCUGUGGAUGGUCUUGAUGGACUGGUCAGGAUUGAAGAUGAUGCCAUCAAUGGUAAUGAAGAAUUAAUGGCUGAAACUCAAGCAGGAUCCCAAUUACCUGCUUUUUCAGGUGUUUUUACUUCCAAUCAGAUCAGGGAUGUCUUUGAAACCGAUAUGGAUCAAGAUAACAGUUCGGACAGAGAUGGUGCAAGCACCAUAUUUGAGGAAGCUGAGAGCAUUUCGGUUGGAGAGGUCAUGAAAAGCCCAAUUUUCAGUGAGGAUGAAUCAUCGGACAACUCAUACUGGAUUGAUUUGGGGCAAAGUCCAUUUGGAUCUGAUAAUUCUGGACAAUUGACCAAACAGAAAAUAGGCUCACCCUUACCUCCAUCAUGGUUUUCUGGAAGGAGAAACAGUAAGCUUCUCUCUCCAAAACCAGCACCGAAGAUAUCCAAGAGUCCCAUUUAUGAUGACAGAUUGGUAAACUCCAGACUGCAUGAAGAUCCUGUGUUAUCUUUUGACGCAGCUGUGUUAUCAGUGUCACAGGAGCUGGACCGUGUUAAGGAGACUCCUGAAGAACAGUUUGCAGAAACAGAUCCAACCUCAAAAGAUGGAGAAGACUAUGCAGAUUUCCAGCAUGUUGGGGAGAUCCAAGAAGAGUCCGAAAUUAAAGAAGAACUGAUGCUUUCUAAUUCUAAGUCAAGGUCUCAUGUAAAUGGAUAUGCACCCAAGAACAAGAAUGCGGGCAUUCAGCACAGAAACCUUGAGAAUGCCUCAACUUCUGAAAUUUGCCAGGAAACAAAAGGAAGUGCUAUAAGGAGAGAGACAGAAGGUGAGUUUAGAUUGUUGGGACAGAGAGAAAGGACUAGAUUUGCAGGUGGUAGAUUUUUCGGUUUGGAAGAGGGUGAUCAAGUUGCAAGCAUGGGUCGCAGAGUAUCUUUUAGCAUGGAAGACAGCCGCAAAGAAAACUUGAACAACUUAUUGGAGCCUGGAGAAGUUUCUGUGACUACCUUUGGUGAUGAUGAGUCCAUGAGUGAUGGGGAAUAUGGAGAUGGGCAAGACUGGGGCAGGAGGGAGCCUGAGUUAAUUUGCCGUCAUCUUGAUCACAUUAAUAUGUUGGGACUGAACAAAACUACCCUUAGACUGCGCUAUUUGAUCAAUUGGCUUGUUACCUCAUUACUACAACUCCGGUUACCUGGUUCAGAUGAGGGCAUGGGGGUGCCUCUUGUGCAAAUAUAUGGCCCUAAGAUUAAGUAUGAAAGGGGUGCUGCUGUUGCUUUUAAUGUGAGAGAUAGCAGUGGAGGAGGGCUAGUUCACCCAGAAGUUGUUCAAAAGUUGGCCGAAAAAAAUGGUAUAUCUCUUGGAGUUGGUAUCCUUAGUCACAUAAGGGUAGUGGAUGGCCCAAAAAAUCAACGUGGGACAUUAGAUUUGGAAGAUACAGGCCUUUGCAAGCCAAUGGCUAAUGGCUGCCAAGGUGAAAGCAUGUUCUUUCGAGUUGAAGUUGUUACAGCAUCACUUGGUUUUCUAACGAACUUUGAAGAUGUUUAUAAGAUGUGGGCUUUCGUGGCUAAGUUCCUUGACCCAUCAUUUGUUUUAGGAGAUGGAUUAUCCACGGUCCCAGAGGGUUCAGAAAUAUAGAAAUUGGAGGCAUGUGUGGAUGUAUUUGUUUAUACGAGAACAGACUCUGCCAAUGUCUUUUGCAAUUCCCUGGAAGCCUGCAUAUACUCAAUUGUGUGGAAGUGAUGCCUCCUUUGUUACUUCCGAAUGCAGGAGCUUAAUACUGAAUUUGAGAUGUGGAAGUGCUGGGGGGUGCUUAAACAGACAUGAAAGAGUACAGAAUAUGGUUUUGUGUGGUCUGUUUUUUGGCUCUAGCUCGGGAGCUUUUCCCCUGCGAGCAGAUGACUUUGUUUGUUCUUGUUAUUAUUUCUCUGAACUUAUUUUUUCUUGUAGAGUUUGUUCUAGAUACUUAUAUUAGGCAAGGAAGUCACUUGAAAAAUGCAGAAUGGGAAUGGUUUGAGACAGCUUCCACUAUUCUUGAAUUUAUUUUUUUUUGUCUCAGGGAAGAGAAAAUGAAUGUUUCGUUUCUUCUGUGUA